GCCGAAACCUUUCGAAGCUCAAUCAGCUCGUGUCGAAGCAAGAUUGCUUCUUUCUCAUCAUAAUCGACGGUCUCUCUGCUAAAAGUCUCAUAGUCCGAUUCAGAGAGGACGAAGGUACAAGAUGGAUUUGAUGGAGAAGAACUUGGAGUUACUCGAGGUUCAGAAACUUGAAGGCCACACCGAUCGGGUUUGGAACGUAGCCUGGAACCCCGUAACCUCUCACGCCGACGAUACUUUGCCGCUUCUUGCAUCUUGCAGUGGCGAUAACACCGUACGAAUCUGGGAACAGAGCUCACUUUCUCAUUCCUGGACCUGCAAGGCAGUUUUGGAAGAAACUCACGCAAGAACUGUGAGGUCGUGUGCUUGGUCACCUUCAGGAAAGUUAUUGGCCACUGCAAGUUUUGAUGGUACAACUGCUAUUUGGGAGGAUAUGGGGUCUGAGUUUGAGUGUAUUUCUACGUUGGAGGGACAUGAAAACGAAGUCAAAAGUGUAUCAUGGAAUGCUUCUGGUUCAUACCUUGCAACUUGUAGUAGAGACAAGUCUGUGUGGAUAUGGGAAGUGCUUCCAGGGAAUGAAUAUGACUGUGCUUCGGUGUUAAAUGGGCAUACACAAGAUGUGAAGAUGGUCCAGUGGCAUCCCACCAUGGAUGUUUUAUUUUCUUGCAGUUAUGAUAACACCAUCAAGGUUUGGUGGUCUGAAGAUGAUGAUGGUGACUAUCAAUGUGUCCAAACCUUAGAUGAAUCUAACAACGGUCACUCCUCUACUGUUUGGGCCAUCUCGUUUAACGCUGCAGGGGACAAGAUGGUCACUUGUAGUGAUGAUCUAACCGUGAAGAUAUGGGAGACAGAUAUUGCAACGAUGCAUUCUGGUGAAGGAUAUGCACCUUGGACUCAUCUUUGUACACUCUCUGGUUAUCAUGACCGUACCAUAUACUCAACUCACUGGUCAAGGGAUGACAUUAUUGCCACUGGAGCAGGCGAUGAUGCUAUACGGUUGUUUGUGGACAGCAACCAUGACUCUGUUGAUGGACCGUCAUAUAAUCUUCUGCUGACGAAGAAAAAAGCACAUGAAAUGGAUGUAAACUCUGUCCAAUGGUCACCCGGUGAGGGGAACCGGUUGCUUGCCUCGGCCAGUGAUGAUGGGAUGGUCAAGAUUUGGCAGCUUGCCGCUAAACCUUGACUGGUGUUGGUUUUGGUUAGGUCCCGAAAGUCAUAUGAUGCUUAUUUUUCCUGAGGUAUAUCAAGAAGAGAACUCUAUACCAUAUUGUCAUAUGAUAUAUAAGGUUCAAGAUAUUUCAUAAGAUUUUUCUAUUUUGUCCUAGGAUAAAAAGUUUUUAUGUUAUUUCGUAAGAGCUUCAUUCAUCCCACCAUAUAGUCUAUAUUCUCAUAUAAGUUAUCAAAUGGUAUUGUAUUCGUAAAAGACUGAUUCUAUUAUUAUGAAUAAGGAUUCUCUCAAGCCCUGGAUGCUUCUGGGGGAUUUUGUU